AUGUCGGCUCGAUAUUCCUUGCGACAGACUCCCAAGAAGACGGUGCAUCUUGGCUUUGUAGAGACUCCUCGCGUGCGCAGACCUAAUAAGCGAAAGCUCCAAUUCCCCGAAGACGUGGGCGACGGCGACGGCGACGACUCGUCUUCCGCGACUGACCUCUCCUCCACCCUUAAAGUCGCGUCCACCCUCAGAGUCGCGUCAAAUUCUACCUCAACGCCAACGUCAACACGAUCGAGAACGCCCAGUCGCAAAGUCAGCAUGGCAAAGGACGCAACGACCAAUGGCUACGCUGCUAAUGGCGCGACGGCGAUUCAUCCGAAUGGAGGCACAAGCAGCAGCGCCAUCAACAGGGCGGCGAAGGAGACUGACAUGGAUACAGAAACAGACUUGGGCACCCUUGAGGGGAAGGUUGUAGAUAGCUGGAAGGUCGGCAGCGAUCCCAAGAUCGAUUCGACGGGCCACUUCGACUUUGGCGGCUCGUUCGGUGUCACGGCCAUGAUGAUCGGAUUCCCGCUGCUCAUGUACUACAUGUGGAUUGGCGCUACCUUUUACAAUGGCCAAUUUCCAAGGCGCGCCGCUGGCCAGUCCAUGGGCGAAUUCCUCCAGCAGAUGGGCCGUCUGGCCUACACGCAUGCCUUCCCUCACGCCUACGCCUGGACCAUCUACUGGGUGUUCUUGGUUGUCCAGGCUGCCUUCUAUUGUCUCCUGCCCGGCGUCUGGACCUACGGCAAGCCGAUUGCUCACGAGGGUGGUAAGCAGCUACGCUAUUACUGCUCCGGCAUGUGGUCGUUCUACACGACGAUUGUCAUCGGGGCGACGAUGCACUACACCGGCCUGUUCAAGCUCUACACUAUCAUCGACGAAUUUGGACCCAUCAUGUCUGUGGCCAUCUGUUCCGGCUUCUUGGUUUCAAUCGUCGCAUAUUUCUCUGCCAUUGCGCGUGGAGCCCAACACCGCAUGACCGGGUACCCUCUCUACGAUUUCUUCAUGGGCGCCGAGUUGAACCCCCGCCUCUUCGGCAUUCUGGACUUCAAGAUGUUCUUCGAGGUUCGUCUUCCCUGGUACAUCCUCUUUGCUAUCUCCUGCGCUACCGCUGCUCGCCAAUACGAGAAUUUUGGAUACGUCUCUGCCGAGGUCUGGUUCUUGGUCUUGGCUCACUUUCUGUACGCGAACGCGUGCUCCAAGGGCGAGGAGUGCAUCACUACAACAUGGGACAUGUACUAUGAGAAAUGGGGCUUCAUGUUGAUUUUCUGGAACUUGGCCGGUGUACCUCUCAGCUACUGCCACUGCACUAUCUAUGUCGCCAACCACCUGGACACAAUCACCGACUACCCCUACAGAACCCCCUUCCUCGUCGUUCUCUUCACAUCCUACCUCUUCAUAUACUGGAUCUGGGAUACGACCAACUCGCAAAAGAACCGCUUCCGUUCCCAAGAACGCGGUACUUUCACUGACCGCAGGACCUUCCCGCAACUCCCAUGGCAAACCGUCAAGAACCCCCGCACCAUCGAGACGGAGUCCGGAGAUUCCAUCUUGGUCGAUGGAUGGUAUGGAUAUGCGCGCAAGCCUCACUAUACGUGUGAUGCUUACUUUGCUAUCACGUGGGGCUUGAUUACGGGAUUCAGCAGUCCGUUCCCAUGGUUCUACCCUGUGUUCUUCUGCCUGAUGAUCGUGCACCGUGCGUACAGAGAUAUUCAGCGCUGUAAGGUGAAGUAUGGGGAGAGCUGGACCGAGUACGAGAAACUGGUGCCGUACCUGUUUAUUCCUUACGUCAUCUAA